AUGUCUCCUCGCCGAAGCCUUCCUCAUCCAUUUUCCUCUUUUACCCAACGAAGGAUCCUGCAACCAGAUCAGGAUGAUUCAGAUCCUCCCCAGUCAUCAUGCUAACUAAAGUUGUAAUUUUUCAUCCUGUGUAAUCUUCCUUUUUUGUCUCAUUUGAAUCUCCGUUCUUGAGGGUUUGAUGCCGUGCCAGCUAUAAACUCUUCCUCUCACCUUGUCAAAUACCUCUACUUCCCUUCCUAGCUGCUUCUCUCAACCCCCGGUGCCCUAGCAGCUUCUGACGCUUUCUCCUACGACAUACGUUUCUCUCCUUGUAUUCCAUCGGUAGAUUCGUGCGAUCGCCGGCGUCUUACAGGAGUUUGCUGAUCGUCUACAGCGACCGGAUCGGGAUCUCUUUGGCGUUGUUCGAUUGGAUUGCCCGCCAUGGCUUCCAUAAAUCCUUUCGAGGACAUCCUCCUCAGCCUUCCAAAGCCAGAGGGUGGUGAGUUCGGGAAAUACUUCAGCUUACCUGCUCUCAAGGAUUCAAGGAUUGAUAAACUUCCAUAUUCCAUCCGGAUUCUCCUAGAAUCUGCAAUUCGUAACUGUGAUAACUUCCAAGUUACCAAGAGUGAUGUUGAGAAAAUCAUAGAUUGGCAGAAUACUUCUCCAAAGCAAGUUGAGAUUCCCUUUAAACCUGCACGUGUCCUUCUUCAGGAUUUUACUGGCGUACCUGCUGUUGUUGACCUUGCAUGCAUGCGUGAUGCUAUGAACAGGCUGGGUGGCGAUUCAAAUAAGAUCAACCCACUGGUGCCUGUGGAUCUCGUUAUCGACCACUCAGUGCAAGUAGAUCUGGCAAGAUCAGAAAAUGCCGUGCAAAUAAAUAUGGAACUUGAAUUUCAAAGAAACAAUGAACGGUUUGCUUUUCUUAAAUGGGGCGCUAAUGCAUUCCAUAAUAUGCUAGUUGUACCUCCAGGCUCUGGUAUUGUUCAUCAAGUCAACCUAGAGUACCUUGGUCGAGUUGUUUUUAACAAUGCUGGCAUCCUAUAUCCAGACAGUGUUGUUGGAACCGACUCACACACCACCAUGAUUGAUGGUUUAGGAGUUGCUGGUUGGGGUGUUGGAGGUAUUGAAGCAGAGGCUACAAUGCUUGGUCAGCCAAUGAGCAUGGUUUUGCCAGGAGUUGUUGGCUUUAAAUUAUCCGGUAAAUUAUGCAACGGUGUAACCGCGACGGACUUGGUGUUAACUGUGACUCAAAUGCUGCGGAAGCAUGGAGUUGUUGGCAAGUUUGUUGAAUUCUAUGGUGAAGGUGUCGGUGAGUUAUCACUGGCUGACAGGGCAACCAUUGCUAACAUGUCUCCAGAAUAUGGUGCAACCAUGGGCUUCUUUCCAGUGGAUCACGUCACUCUGCAAUAUCUGAAGUUGACUGGAAGAAGUCAUGAAACUGUGACAAUGAUAGAGGCCUAUUUACGGGCAAACAAAAUGUUUGUUGACUACAAUGAGCCGCAGGUUGAAACUGUAUACUCAUCUUAUCUUGAGCUGGACCUUUCCAUUGUCGAACCUUGCAUUUCGGGUCCAAAGCGGCCUCAUGAUAGAGUUCCUUUGAAAGAAAUGAAGGCAGACUGGCAUUCUUGUUUGGAUAGUAAAGUUGGAUUCAAGGGUUUUGCAGUACAAAAGGAAUCCCAGGAUAAGGUUGUGAAAUUCGAUUUCCAUGGGCAGCCUGCAGAAUUGAAGCACGGCAGUGUUGUUAUUGCAGCCAUAACCAGUUGCACCAACACAUCAAAUCCUAGUGUAAUGCUUGGCGCUGCCCUUGUAGCGAAGAAAGCUUGUGAGUUAGGUUUAGAGGUUAAGCCAUGGAUCAAAACGAGUCUUGCCCCUGGCUCUGGUGUUGUUACCAAAUAUUUACUUAGAAGUGGUCUUCAGCAGUAUUUGAAUCAGCAAGGAUUCCAUAUUGUUGGAUAUGGCUGUACUACAUGCAUUGGAAACUCUGGGGACCUUGACGAGUCUGUCGCUAAUGCAAUCUCAGAAAAUGACAUUGUUGCUGCUGCUGUACUUUCUGGAAACCGGAAUUUUGAGGGAAGAGUGCAUCCUUUGACUCGAGCUAAUUACCUAGCCUCACCUCCACUUGUGGUAGCAUAUGCUCUUGCUGGCACAGUUGACAUUGAUUUUGAGAAGGAACCAAUUGGUACCGGAAAAAAUGGAAAGAGUGUAUAUUUCAAGGAUAUAUGGCCAUCUACUGAAGAGGUUGCGGAGGUUGUUCAAAGUAGUGUGUUGUCUGACAUGUUCAAGAGCACAUACGAAGCUAUCACAAAAGGAAAUCCUAUGUGGAAUAACCUUUCUGUCCCAGUCUCAACUCUUUAUUCAUGGGAUGAAAAUUCUACAUAUAUUCACGAGCCACCAUAUUUCAAGAAUAUGAGCAUGAAUCCACCAGGUCCGCAUGCAGUUAAAGAUGCCUAUUGCUUGCUAAACUUUGGUGACAGCAUUACAACAGAUCACAUUUCACCUGCUGGUAGCAUUCACAAGGACAGCCCUGCUGCUAAGUACCUACUUGAGCGAGGUGUAGACCGGAAGGAUUUUAAUUCAUAUGGAAGCCGUCGUGGGAACGAUGAAAUAAUGGCUAGGGGAACCUUUGCAAACAUUCGGCUUGUUAAUAAGCUUUUGAAUGGAGUGGUUGGGCCAAAGACCAUUCAUAUUCCAACAGGGGAUAGGCUUUCUGUAUUUGAUGCAGCAAUGAGGUACAAGGCAGAUGGCCAUGAAACGAUAGUUUUGGCUGGAGCAGAGUAUGGUAGCGGUAGUUCCAGAGAUUGGGCUGCUAAAGGUCCAAUGUUGCUGGGUGUAAAAGCUGUGAUAGCUAAAAGCUUUGAGAGAAUCCACCGAAGUAACUUAGUUGGAAUGGGUAUUAUUCCACUUUGCUUCAAGCCUGGUGAUGAUGCCGAUUCCUUAGGUCUUACUGGUUACGAAAGAUACACCAUUGAUCUUCCAAGCAACAUUAGCAGCAUAAGACCUGGGCAAGACAUUAUAGUUGUGACAGAUAAUGGAAAGUCUUUCACUUGCACCCUUCGCUUUGAUACGGAGGUGGAAUUGGCUUACUUCAAUCAUGGCGGCAUUCUUCCUUACGUAAUCAGGAAUUUGAUUAAUUUGUCAUAAUGACAAACGAGCCUGUUAAUCUUUCAGACUGGACCUGCAACUUCAGCUAAAAACCCGUAUUCGAGUGUUUCUGAUUUUUACACCAAGGAAAACAAGGUUUCUAAUUUUAAUGAACUUGCAAAAGGACAUUACAUCAUGCCAGAUACACAAAAGUUACAUUUAAUAUUAAUUGAAUUUGAACUCAAUUUCAUAUAUGAGUGCUUUUCUUUGUUUUC